AUGGGUAUCUGGACCUCAGGUGCCAAUAACUUCCUAAGUCUUUGGGGGAUCUACGUAUCUCCAAGGAAGCCUGGAUGGAUAAGCUUAAUCCAACACUUGGGCGUUUGCUGUUUUGUCGCUCUCCUUUCAGCAAGCCUCCUCUCUGUGGCCUUCUACUGGCUUUUGUCAUCAUUUGCGAUGUUCACCACUUUCUGGAUUAUCAUAUGUGUCCUGCUGUGUUUCUCCAAGCAUGCAAGAUGCUUCAUUCUUCUCUUCUUUCUCUCUUGUGGCUUGCGUGAAGGCAGGAAUGCUUUGGUUGCAGCUGGCACAGGGAUAGUGAUAUUUGGGCACGUGGAAAAUAUUUUUCACAAUUUUAAAGGUCUUCUAGACAGUAUGACUUGCAACCUAAGGGCAAAGAGCUUUUCCAUACAUUUUCCACUUUUGGAAAGAUAUAUUGAAGCAAUUCAGUGGAUUUAUGAUCUUGCCUCUCCACUACAUCUAUUUGAUGACCUUGUUUCUUGGAACCAAACUCUGGAGGUCUCGCUUUUCAGUCCCAGUGAAGUGAUGAAGGCACAGCUAAAUGACACCAGAGGCAAAGUGCUGAGUGUGAUGUACCACAUGAUGACCACAGCAGAGGUGCUGUCUUCCCUCGGUCACAAGCUGUUUACCAUCAUGGGGGUCAUGCUGGUCCUACUCAGCACUGGGCUCUUCAUGAAGCGGUUUUUGGGCCCUCAUGGUUCAAAGUUUGAAAACAUCUACAUCACCAGAAAAUUUGUUCAGGUUGAUGAAAGAGAAAGGCUCCAACAGAGGCCCUGUGUCCUCCCACUGAAUAAGAGAGAAAGGAAAAAAUAUGUUGUUGUACCAUCUUUCUGUUUGACUCCUAAGGAAAGGAAAAACCUGGGGUUGUUUUUUCUCCCCAUACUUACUCAUCUCUACAUCUGGGUGCUGUUUGCCGCCGGAGAUUAUCUGCUGUAUAGGCUCAUUUUCUCCGUGAGCAAACACUUCCAAAGGUUGCCAGAGCUUGAGGUUCACUUGAAACUGCACACAGAGAUUCAUUUCUGGCUUCCAGUCCUGAAAAUGAUGAAGAAGAAACAAAUCAACAUUGCAAGUGAAGACAAACCAUGA